AUGUGGACAUCUUUGUGGCUGUGGACUGUGCUAGGGGUUUUUGAGCUGGCUGAUGCUCAAUUUCCCCGUGCAUGCACCACUGUCUCUGCCCUGCUCUCCAAACAGUGCUGCCCAUCCCAGGGCUCAGAUCCAACAGUGCUCUGUGGGGCUGAACUUAAUCGAGGAAAAUGUGCUGAUGUGCAAGUCAGUGAGAAACCCUGGAGUGGACCGUACAACCUGCGAAACGUGGAUGAUCGGGAGAGGUGGCCAUUGAAAUUCUUUAAUCGGACCUGCAAGUGUACUGGAAAUUAUGCCGGGUAUAACUGUGCUGAGUGCAAAUUUGGAUGGACUGGCCAAAACUGUGAGCUGAGAAAAACACCAGUGAUUAGAAAAAAUAUCCUUUCAGUGACCCCAAUGGAGCAACAGCAGUUCUUGGAUGCAUUGGACCAAGCCAAAACUACAAUCCACCCAGAUUAUGUAAUUGCUACUCAGCACUGGCUGAGUUUACUUGGGCCUAAAGGAACUCAACCACAGGUAGCAAAUGUCACGAUAUACAAUUAUUUUGUGUGGCUUCAUUACUACUCCACAAGAGACACACUACUGGGACCUGGUCGUGCAUUUAAAGCUAUUGAUUUUUCUCACCAAGGUCCUGCUUUUCUUACCUGGCAUCGAUACCAUUUAAUGUUGCUGGAAAGAGAUUUACAGAAACUCAUAGGAAAUGAAUCAUUUGCACUUCCAUAUUGGAAUUUUGCCACAGGAAGAAAUGACUGUGAUGUCUGCACAUCUCCUUUGUUGGGAUCUAUGCGCCUUGAUAACCCAACAUUAAUAAAUCAGAGUUCCAGGUUCUCACGGUGGGAGAUUGUAUGCAAUAGUUUGGAUGAUUAUAACCGCUUGGUCACUCUCUGUAAUGGAACAAAUGAAGGUCCAAUCAGGAGGGGCUUUAUGGAAAAGAAUAGCGCUCGGCUGCCAAGCAUGGAGGAUGUACGCCAUUGCAUGUCUCUUAAAGAAUUUGAUACCGCACCCUAUUUCCAGAAUUCUAGUUUCAGCUUCAGAAAUGCCCUUGAGGGAUUUGAUACACCAGAUGGUGAAACUGGCACUAGUGAAAUUCCGAGUCUUCAUAACCUGGUUCAUUCUUUUUUGAAUGGAACAAAUGCAUUUGCACACUCUGCAGCAAAUGAUCCACUUUUUGUGGUGCUACAUGCCUUUAUUGAUGCUGUUUUUGAUGAGUGGAUGAAACAAAACAACCCGUCAAUUAACUCAUGGCCAGAGCAGAUGGCACCUAUUGGGCAUAACAGGCAAUCUAACAUGGUGCCAUUUUUCCCAGCUGUGACCAAUGAGGAACUGUUUGUAUCUUCAGCUGAUCUUGGCUAUUCAUAUGCAGUUGAAUUACCAGAAUUUCAAAUUUCCUCGGGUAUCAUAUUCGGUGCGACGUUCAGUGGAGUCUUUCUGUCUCUUGCUGUGUUGGCUAUACUAACGACGCUAAUUCUUCAACAAAGAAGGAAUCGAGGCUUUGAACCCUUGCUGAGUUCUGAAUUUUCCAACAAAAUGUAUACUGAAGAAGCUUAG